CUUCCGCUCUAGCCGGCCUGGGUACAGGGGUAGAUUAUAGUAUAUGCGCGAAGUUGGGGUCGCCCUGGACAUUGUGACCUGUCCCAAGCGGUGCCUCUGGGAUGGGAGAGUGACCUGGAGGGGUUGGUGCUGACAGUGAUGUCUGCUCCCAGGAUUAGGAGGCCAGAAGGAGAUCCCUUCCACGGUGCCAGGCUGAGAUGGAUCCCCUCAGGGCCCAACAGCUGGCUGCGGAGCUGGAGGUGGAGAUGAUGGCCGAUAUGUACAACAGAAUGACCAGUGCCUGCCACCGGAAGUGCGUGCCUCCCCACUACAAGGAAGCAGAGCUGUCCAAGGGCGAGUCCGUGUGCCUGGACCGAUGUGUCUCCAAGUACCUGGACAUCCAUGAGCGGAUGGGCAAAAAGUUGACAGAAUUGUCUAUGCAAGAUGAGGAGCUGAUGAAGAGGGUGCAGCAGAGCUCCGGACCCGCAUGAGGCCCCAGACAGUAUACACCCUGGGGCGAACCCCGCUCCUUCCCACUCUAAUAAAAGUGCCCUGCUUGCGUGUCAUCUGUGGAGACUGCCAGGCCUAGGCUCUCUCUAGAGUCUCCAGGAGCCCGGAGUGUGGGAGAGCUCUCUCCUGGUUGAAGAAGGUGUUUUUGUCACACUGGAAUGUGACUGUGUAUGUGUGUGUGUAUGUGUGUAUAUAUAUAUAUUAAAACAAGUUUGUUGACAC